AUGUCCCACCUACCCAAGAAAACGACAAGACGAACGAAGUUUUGGAUGAUCCAGAGAAGGAGCAAUCGGAGCAGCUUAGUAAAAGUCAGCAAAAAAAGCGAGAAGAAACGGAUCAAGAAGCAACAAAAGAAGGAAAAGGCAAAGAAUCAGGUAAAACAGCCUGUCCAAGAUGAUUUAUCACAAGAAGAGCGUGCAAGGCUGAAGGAGGAGCACCGAAAGAGAAAGGAACAGUGGUUGGAGGAUUUGAAAACAAGUCCUCGUAUUGUGAUAGAUUUGGACUUCCAAGAGUUGAUGCGUCCCAAUGAGGUGAGUAGUCUUGUUCAGCAGGUAAUGUACUCUUACGGUUGUAUUCGUCGUGCCGAAAAGCCUCUUCGUCUGGUCCUCACUAGCGUGAAGGACGAGGUUAAAACAAAACUGGAGAAAAUUAAGGGGUUUGAUAGUUGGCUACGAUUUGAGUCUGAUAUUGAUAAAGUGGUGGAACAGGAAGACGGAUUCCACUAUCCUCAUGACAAAAUAGUUUACUUGAGUGCUGAUGGCGAUGAAACCUUGGAAGAUUUAAAGAAAGACGAGAUUUACAUCAUCGGGGGCAUUGUAGAUCGCAAUCGUUACAAAUUCCUAACUCUCGAAAAGGCCAAACGACUCGGAUUUCGAUGUGCGAAGCUUCCGUUGGAGCUCGUAAAGUUCCAUGGGUCACGCGUUUUGACAGUGAACAACGUGAUCGAAUUGCUGGUACGGUUCAAUACAUCGGCCGAUUGGAAGCAGGUCAUUCAAGAGAGCGUUCCUGUUCGAAAAAUCGAUUCUUCCUUGUGUGUUUGUAGAAAACAAGACAAUUCGAAUGCUGCUGAGUGCGAUGCAAAAUGA